AUGGACGAUAAAGAUAAAAUUGGGUCACGAUUGUUCUGUUGCUUUAGGUGCAGAAACAUCGUAGCAGCUACUGAUAAUAUCGUUAACAAGCAGUUUGUGGCCGGGACGAAAAGGGCAUUUUUAUUCAGUUGGGUGACGAAUGUAAGUGAAGGGCCAAAAUCGGACAGGCUUAUGAUCAGCGGCAAACAUAUGGUGUCCGAUGUGUUUUGCGGCGAUUGUGGGGAGAUUUUGGGGUGGAAAUACUACGAGGCUUAUCAUGAGAAUCACAAGUACAAAGUAGGCAAAACUGUGCUAGCAAAGUCCAAGAUUGUCCGAGCUUAUGAUUCUACAUUCUAUUGA